UUAGAUUUGCUCGUAAACCCCCUGUCUGGUUAUAAUUUGACACUAUGUUUCCAAUUGAGCUAACGCAAAGCUGUAAAACCACACUGUUGCUAUGAUGUUUACUGUCAAGGAACAACUUGAAUCGUUACAAAAGUGUCAAUAUAUUUACCGAGCAGCCACUAGAGCCCGAUAAAAACUGCUUGUCUAAGUGAAAGGCUCCUGUAGUCCACAUUCCAGUUUACCUCAGAAUUAACCCAGCCUUUACAGCUAGAUAUUAUUUCAAAGGAGAAUAAACUCCUGUUGGAUUAUAGUAAUUGUGUGCAACCUGAAGAACAGAUGCAGGCAGGUGACCCUGUGGUUGGUGCACCGAUGGCAGUAGCUGGUGCCCAGAGUCGGUCUGAGGACGAAGAGUCACUUGGAGUAAAAGAUGAGAAAAGGACGGCAACACAAGCAUUUGGCAGUGGUGUUCCCAAACGUAGAAGUUCCUCCAGGUCAAUAAAGAGGAAGAAGUUUGACGAUGAAUUGGUAGAGAGCAGCCUUGUGAAGUCCUCCAGUAGAGUCAAAGGCCCUCCUGUCAUAGAGCCUGUACGCUGUUCAGGGAGUGAACCUUCAUCCAGUGAGAAAAAAAAGGUGACAAAAUCAGGAACCGCUCUCAUACCGCCUCUCACCAUGGUAGUAAAUCCUGCACCCAUCACUAAAAGAGUAAAGAAAAGCAAGCAGCCACUACAUAUAACUAAAGACUUGGGAAGAUGGAAACCCACUGAUGACCUGCUUCUUAUAAAUGCAGUGUUGCAGACCACAGACCUUACCUCUGUUCAUUUGGGGGUCAAGUUCAGCUGUCGUUUCACGUUGCGGGAAAUUAAAGAGAGGUGGUACGCUCUCCUCUACGAUCCUGUCAUCUCAAAACUGGCAUGGCAGGCCAUGCGUCAGCUUCACCCAGAAGCCAUUGCAGCAAUCCAAAGCAAAGCUCUCUUCAGUCAGGCGGAGGAAGCGCUGCUGGCAAAGAUCGGUUCAACUAGUCAGCCCAAACUGGACGUGUUCCAGGAGCUUCUGAGCAAACACCCCGGUCUCUUUCACCCAUCUCGCACCCCCAAGAGCCUGCUGGUACACUGGCAGCUGCUGAAGCAGUACUACCUCCUGGAUGACCAGAGCGUCCAGCCUCUCCCUAAAGGGGACCAGGUCCUCAACUUCUCAGACGCUGAGCAAAUGGUUGAUGAUGUAAAGUUAAAAGAGAGCAGAGAUGAGGUGUUGGAACACGAGCUGAUGAUUUCCGAUCGUCACCAAAAAAGGGAGAUCAGACAACUGGAGCAGGAGUUGCCUCGUUGGCAGGUCCUCGUAGACAGUAUAACAGGGAUGAGUAUGCCCGACUUUGACAACCAGACACUGGCAGCGCUACGAGGAAGAAUGGUACGCUACCUCAUGAGGUCGCGAGAGAUAACUUUGGGCAGGGCGACCAAGGACAAACCGAUAGAUGUAGAUCUUUCACUAGAGGGACCAGCCUGGAAAAUAUCAAGAAAACAAGGAAUUAUAAAACUAAAGAAUAAUGGAGACUUCUUCAUCGCCAAUGAGGGCAGACGACCCAUCUAUAUAGAUGGCAGACCGGUCCUGUCGGGGAACAAGUGGAAACUCAACAACAACUCAGUGGUGGAGAUUGCAGGUCUUCGCUUCGUGUUCCUCAUUAACCUGGAACUCAUCUCACUUAUAAAAGCUGAAGCAGCCAAGAUGACGCCGCAGUGAAUGUCAGCAAGCAGAAGAGUGAUCCAGUCAGGUCGUCUUUAUCCAACAGAGGUUAACAGUUUAACUCACGAAGUGCAGUAGUGCUACAACAAAUCAGCCCGGCAGCGGCCACGUUAACUUGAAAUGUGAAUCUUAAACAGACUACAGCUAAAUCCUGCAGAAAGGUAGUAACAGGUGUUACUUGUUGUUUGGACACUUUCCAUGUUGUAAUGUAGACACUCUCGUUGUAGAGCCAUGGGUUGUUGGUUUUUUUUUGUCUUUUUUUUUUCAAUUUUUCAGAAUAUUGUAUUUAAAUUCUGUAGUAAAGCUUUUUCAAAAUAUUAAACUUGUAUACAUGA